GGACAGGCGGGGGGAUGCCCGGGGGUCCCCGUCGGGGGGGUUGGCAGGAGGAAGGCGGCCACUGGCGCGGGAGGGAGGCGGUUGUGUCUUUCUUCUUUAAUUACCCCCCUCGUUUGCGGUGUCUGCUGCGAACUUCCCGUCCCCUCCCUCCGCUUUCAUGAGCCGGAUCCUGGGACCGGGACCUGGCUCCUGUCAAGCAUCGGGGCUGGGGCUCUGCCUCCAAGGGUUAAAAUCACCUGGGCCGGGAGGGUGGAGCUGGGCGGUGGGGAGGAGGGAAGAGCCGGGCGCCGGGCUGGGACCCGGCCAUUCCUGCUCGCCCGGCCCAGUGGGUGCCCGGUCCCUGGGGAGCCGCGCGGGUCCCUCGGGGUCCCCUCGGGAACGAGCGCCCGCGCCACGCCGAUGAGGACGGACCCGCCGGGACCUCCCCACCGCCGCCGCCGCCGCCGUCGUCUGUCUGCGCCUCCGCCCCGCGCCGCUCGGCAAUGCUCACAGCGGUCUGCGGCUCCCUGGGGACUCAGCCCUCGGACGCGCCCCGCGCCUCGCCGAGCCACCUGGACCUGCAGCCGCUGCAGCCCUUCCAGCCCCACGGCACCGGCACCGCCGCGGCGGGGGCCGCCGAAUUCGCCAGUCCGCUGAACCCACCGCCCCCCCCGGAGCUGCCGCUGGUGGGUCCGGACGACGUCGCCUUCGCCAACCCCGGUACCUACGAGCCGCAUGGACCCCCGCGGUUAGAGCUGCCCAGCGACGGCCCCGCGGCCCCCGGUGCCUACACCAAGCUGCUACCGGCCGCUCCUCCGGACAUGGCGCAUCCCUACGAGCCCUGGUUUCGGCCCCCCCAUCCCGGUGCCCCCGGUGAAGAAGGAGGCGUCAACUGGUGGGACCUCCACGCCGGAGCAAGCUGGAUGGAGCUGCCCCCCGGGCAAGGCGGGGGGCUACAGGUGCCGGGGCACCCCGGGUUGCCACCGGCCCUAGGCGGAUACGGUGGUGGGGAGCACCAGCUCUGCGCUCCCCCUGCCCAUCUGUUACCCCCCCCAGCCCAGCAUCUCUUGGGAGCGGAGGGAGCGAAGGCGUUGGAGGGUCCCCCCGAGCCCCGCGGGCCGGAGGUGGAAGGCGGCGGGAGACCCAAGGGUGCCCGUCGUGCGGUGCCGCGGGGCGGGGGGCAGGCUGCGUGCCGCUGCCCCAACUGCCAGGAGGCGGAAAGGGGGGGUCCGUGCCCCGAGGGCGUGAAACGGAAGCACCUACACAACUGCCACAUUCCCGGCUGCGGGAAGGCGUACGCCAAGACGUCCCACCUCAAAGCGCACUUACGGUGGCACAGCGGGGACCGACCCUUCGUCUGCAACUGGCUCUUCUGCGGCAAACGCUUCACCCGCUCCGACGAGCUUCAGCGGCACCUCCAGACCCACACCGGAGCCAAGAAAUUCGCCUGCCCCGUCUGCGGCCGGGUCUUCAUGCGCAGCGAUCACCUGGGCAAGCACAUGAAGACGCACGAUGGGGGCAAAGACGGGGCCGAACCCGAGGUCAAGGGCGCUGGGGACCCGUCGGCCGGCAAGGGAGGCAAGCGGGAGCCCGAGGGGGGGAACGCAGCCCCCACAAACUGAGCCAUUGAGCCCCGGGGGGGACACGGAUGGAGGUGGGGAGGGCCCCGGGUUGGGGGGGGGGGGGGAAGUGUCCCUUUGGGGCUGGUCUCCGAAGGGUUUUAGGGUGCGAUGGGAGGGCGCAGGGCUGGCACCUUGUGCUCCAAGCGGGGGGGACACACACAUACACACAAUGCACGGCGGUGCCGGUUGGGGAGCGCUGGAGCCGGAGCUGCCCCGCGGCAGUUUCACUUGUCCCGCUCCCGCUCUCCCGCCCCGGUUCCCCCCCCCCCGUCCUCCUCCGGUUUCCCAAAUCAUCUCUUUUUCUCCUUUCGGGAGGCUGCUGGCAGGCGGUGGGGCUGUUUGGGAGCAACAUCAAUGGGAGCCGAAGGAGCAGGCGCUGCCUGGGCACGUCCAGCCCAAAGGGGAGGAAGGAGAAAGGGAGAGAGGAGAAACCCGGGAGCCUUUGCUUGGGGAGAGCAGCCACAGUCGUGUCCCCCCCCCGGCGCGCUCCCCAUAUCCCUUUCCAUGAGUGUUACCAUUCCCGGUUCAGCACC